AUGGCAAUCCACCUGCUGGGGCUGCUCAGCACUGAGGACCCCCGUUGGGAGCUGCCUGCCCUGGAGUUCCUUGUGGAGGUCCUGGACUAUCUGGACGCAAGGAGAUGUCACAGCAGUGUUGAGCAGAUCCUGUCAAGGCACCUGCAGAGCCAGUGCCCAGAGAGACGUCGCCUGGCUCUCCGAGGCCGCAUGGUGCUCUGGAUGGAUCUGUCAAUGGCCCAAAGCAUCUGCAGCCUGUCUCAACACCUCCUGGAGCUGCUGCCUGAUGAAGAUGGAGAGCUGGUCGUGAUGACCCUCUCUGUGUUUGUGAAUAUGCUCCGGGACAAAGACAUUCGGGCACUCAUCUCCACUGCCCCCAAGCUGGCUGAGGCGCUCCGGCCACUCUUUGAAAACCUGUCCUCCUUUCGCUUCUUCCAAACUGUGAUGGAGGUACUGGUGGAAGGGGGAACACAGCCCUUGGAGAUGCAGAUGCAUCAGACCCUGGUGCUGUGGUUCUUCCUGCAGUAUGAUGAGCACCAGUGCGUGGCAGAGGUGAGCACUUGUGGGCUCUGGGGUCCCCGUGGCAGGGGCUGGGCUGCCUCCUGCCCUGGGGUUUUGUGCCGGCCAUCGUUUGGUCCAUCCACCACGACCUCACAUUCCACGUGUCUCCACACACUGACAUCUGCAGGCUCGCUGAGGCACACCCACGUGAUGUGGUGA